GGCGCGGAACUAGGAAGUGGUCGGUUUCUUUGUCGUCUUCCUCGCCCGCGGUGGCAGUUAUGAGCUCGGCCACUCUGCUGCUGCUGCUGCCCGGCAUCUUGUUGGGCCUCUGUGCCGGGGAGAGUCUCAUCCCCGGCCGACAUCUGUUACUGCAAAGCGGUUUGGAAGAAAUAGUUUUGGGAGGCCGACGUGGCGCCUGGCCCUUGGCCCUGGAGGACCUGUCUUCGCUCGAACCGGAGUUCUUAGGGGUCUCGCAGGAGCCGCAGCUGGAUCCAGAGUGCAAGGAGCUCUUGAGUGCCUUCGCCAAUAGCAGCAUAAGAUUGGCUGGCUGCUUAAUCCAGAACGCCCGGCCUGUGACGCUCUGCCAGAACUGCUAUCAUCAAUUUGGGGAAGUCAUGCAGCAGUUCGAGAACAUCGAGAAUACUACUAAGAGUAACCGAUGUGCCCAAAGUCUCUUGAUGUCAGACAGGCUGCAGAUGGUUGCACUUGUGAACACGUUUUUUAAUGACACAUGGAUAAAAGCUAACUGUGCAAAUUGUUUAAAGGAGAAGAACGAAGGCUUAUCAGCUAGUACAGUGACGUUCCUGGCCUUAUACAAUGAAACAAUGACAUGCUUUAAACAGAACCUCCAGGAAGGAAACCUGCUACCAAGUAACUACUCAGUGGUCUGCAAGAACUGCAAUGCUACAUAUAAAAACUUGAGUUCCCACUACAGUAAGAUGCAGAGGAGUGGGCAGCAUGAAGAAUCUGGAGAACAGUUUCAUUUGUGCAUUGAUAUAGAGGAUGCAAUGAACAUCACACAAAGGCUGUGGAGCACAACUUUUAAUUGUUCUGUCCCUUGCACAGAUACAGUGCCAGUGAUUGCAGUUUCUUUGUUCAUUUUCUUUCUACCACUUGUUUUCUACUUGAGUACCUUUCUUCACUCAAAGCAGAAAAAACGUGUCCUGAUUCUGGGUAAGCGAAUUCACUCAAAUGCCAGCUUUGCGAACAUCCAAGAUAAAUCCAACUGAGAUUGAGAUGAAAUGGGAUAUUAAUUUGAUUGCUCUGAAGACAAUUAUAAUUUAACUUUACAUUAUGCUGUAAUAAAAGACUGUGUGUCUCAGAUAGGUGUAUGCACUAUUGUGCAAUAGUUCUCGGGGAUGAUAUGACCUCCAGAAACGAAAAAGAAACUAUAUUCUCUCCUUCAAUCCUUCUUGAACUUUUGUCUUACUUCCUGAUUGGUAAAGUUUUUAUACUUUAUAUAAUGGAUUAAUAACAUUGACUUCCAUGUAUGAUGAGCUUAUGUGAACAUUCCUUUCUAAUUCUUACCUGAAUGCUGAUUUAUUUAAAAGUUAUCAUUAUUUAAAAAUGAAAAAAAUGAAUUCAAUGGCUUAAUAUUUAUCAGCAAACAAAUCUUAGUGUUUAGUCUACAUUGCUAUUAAAAAUGCUGUUUGACUCAUAGAAAUAAAAUGUGAAUUUUAUAUACUAUAUUGCUGGCAAUAAAAAUGAUUAUUAGAAUUAUAAUAAUUACAGAGUUCGACUUAAGGAAAAAUGUCAUGUCUUGAUAUUUCUAGUGUAGUAUACUUGAAUAAGCUCUUAUCUCUAUUGGCUGGUUAAAAGCAAGAUUAAACUAAUGGAAAGUCUGUUACUUAAAUAUUCUCUAA